CGUGCUGACUUUAGUUUGUGACGUGGUAAGCGCGCGCCGCGAUCUUUCUGCGACCAUAACAACUUCUGAUAGACUUCACGCGUAUCGAUGCCAUUAAUAGCGGAAUAUCGAUCAGAAUUUAUCUACGUUGUAUCACAGCUCCAGGACACAUCACAGUCAAGACUGACACACGACCUUGAAAAUCAGAAAGAAUCGAAGAAUUCCAGUUCGGUGUCCUUAUCCCAAUGAUGGACGUCUGCUAGAAACGCCGCAAAGGGAAGGAGGAUCCGUGUAGGAAUGGGGUAAAGUUCGCAAUGAGGGUCCCGGCACCAAACAGCUCUGAUCAGGCAGAAUCGGGUUUGGGUGAGAUGCCCGAGAAUGGACGUUCCAGGAGGAAACGCGUGCCGAAAACGUGUGACUGCUGUGGGCCAAACGGCAAACCGCACGUACCAGGACAUGACCAAAUUACAAAGAAACGUGGUCGCAAGAAGAAAGAGAUCGUUAACCACGUGGAUACCGCCGCAGAGGAAGAGGUGGGCUCGUCGGAAAUGGAGUCGGUUGUAACUUUGGAUGCGGACACGGUGAAUGUUUCUGAGAUGGAGGUGACAACAUCUCCAAAAGGGAAGCCUGAUGUUUCCCAGACUGAGGGAAAGAUCAUUUUUGUAGAGAAUGAAACCUCUGUCAUGGUUAAUGGGACGGAGAACAGUCUUCAAACACAAACCAACUGUUUAGAUCCUCAUCUCAGCGCAUCCACUUGCACCAAAGAUCUCAACUCCACUGAGCGGGACCAUUCAAAAACCAGUGCCACGGUGAACAGCAUUGAUGCCAGUUUAGCCACACUUAAUGACUCGGAAACGCCCUUUAAUUCUUGCUUGGACACUAACAGCUCACAGCCAGAUGUUUCCAUUCAUAGCGACGCCAUGGAAACUGAGCCACCCAAUAAGUGUUUUUGGGACCACCAGUACUGCAGACCUCUUCAAGGGGACACCAGGAAAUCCUCUACUGAGGUGACAGGUGACCCACCUGUAUUGACCCCAGCUGAAAUCACCACAGAGGGAAUUAUCGAGAUUAUUCAUGAAUUCCUGGAGCAGUUUUAUGGAAAAUAUGGAAGCUUCACUCCAUUGGUUGACACAGAUGUCCUUGAUCACCUAAAUAAGAUAUUUCAGUCUGACCUACGUGACCGAAUGAAGCUCAUAACAGCAGAGGUGGCCAAAUUCAAGGCUGGUCUGGCCUGUGCUCCUAUGCAUUUCUUCCAAGUGACCUACAACAAGCACACUUUGACCUUAGAUGACCUCUCAACACUCGAUGACCAAAACUGGGUCAACGAUCAGGUGAUUAACAUGUAUGGAGAACUGAUCAUGGAAGCUACAAACCACAAGGUUCAUUUCUUCAACAGUUUCUUUUACCGGCAGUUUGCUGGAAAAGGUUAUGAAGGAGUGAAGCGAUGGACCAAAAAGGUUGAUCUCUUCUCAAAAAAAAUAAUCCUGAUUCCUCUUCACCUGGAGAUUCACUGGUCGCUCAUAACUGUAGAUGUUUCCAAGCAAAACAUCAACUUCUACGACUCCCAGGGCAUCCUGUUCAAGUUUGCUAUGGAUAACGUUCUGAAAUACAUUCUGGCCGAAGCAAAAGAGAAGAAACAGCUCGUCUUUCAAAAGGGCUGGAAGAUGGUUGUCAACAAGAUGAUUCCACAGCAGAAGAACGACAACGACUGUGGGGUUUUUGUCCUGGAGUAUUGCAAGUGCCUGGCGUUCACAAAGCCACUGCUCUUCACUCAAGAGGACAUGCCGCGUGUCCGCAAGAGGAUCUACAAAGAGCUAUGUGACUGUAGACUUUCUGACUGUUCAAACCAAGACAAAGCCACAUAAAAAGACCAUUAGACUUGUGUCUGGCUGAUAAGCAAACAGGAAGGACAAGAGAGACUUCAGACAUUCAGGUUCGGUCAGCAACGCUGAGGAUUCCUAUAUGAGCCUAUGUGGUUCAGCCGCUUAAAGAGUAUGUCAGGUUUACCUCUUUGCUUGACAUUUACGGUUAAAAUAUGCCUUUUUUCCUAACAUCCUCAACCUUGAAUUCGUAAGGAGGCGGUGACAACUUUUCUGUGUAGCUGGAGGUGCUGAAAAACUGAACAUUCUGAGAAAAAGGAGAAGCUGGUAAACCAGAAAGAUUUAACCUUC